GGUGCGCAAGCGCAGUCUGUCGCUGGGGCUUGCGGGAAGGCAGACAUGGCCGGGGUUGGCGCAGUUUCGAGGCUUCUUCGCGGGCGGCGCUUGGCGUUAACUGGGGCGUGGCCAGGAGCACUCCAAAAACAGACCUGUGGCUUUCACUUCUCUGUCGGUGAGAACAAGAAGGCAUCAGCUAAAGUUUCAGAUGCAAUUUCUACUCAAUACCCAGUGGUGGAUCAUGAAUUUGAUGCUGUGGUUGUAGGCGCUGGAGGGGCAGGCUUGCGAGCUGCCUUUGGCCUUUCUGAGGCAGGGUUUAAUACUGCAUGCCUUACAAAGCUCUUUCCUACCCGAUCACAUACUGUUGCAGCACAGGGAGGUAUCAAUGCUGCUCUGGGGAACAUGGAAGAGGACAACUGGAGAUGGCAUUUCUAUGACACUGUGAAAGGCUCCGACUGGCUGGGGGAUCAGGAUGCCAUCCAUUACAUGACAGAGCAAGCUCCUGCUUCUGUGGUUGAGCUAGAAAAUUACGGUAUGCCAUUUAGCAGAACUGAAGAUGGGAAGAUUUAUCAGCGUGCAUUUGGUGGACAGAGCCUCAAAUUUGGGAAAGGCGGGCAGGCUCAUCGGUGUUGCUGUGUGGCUGAUCGGACAGGCCACUCACUCUUACACACCUUGUAUGGAAGAUCUCUGCGAUAUGACACCAGUUAUUUUGUGGAAUAUUUUGCACUGGAUCUUCUGAUGGAAAAUGGGGAGUGCCGUGGUGUCAUUGCACUGUGCAUAGAAGAUGGGUCCAUACACCGAAUAAGAGCAAAAAACACUGUUAUUGCUACUGGGGGCUACGGGCGAACCUACUUCAGCUGUACAUCUGCCCAUACCAGCACAGGGGACGGCACAGCCAUGGUCACUAGGGCUGGUUUGCCUUGCCAGGACUUAGAAUUUGUUCAGUUCCACCCCACAGGUAUAUACGGUGCUGGCUGCCUCAUCACAGAAGGGUGUCGUGGAGAGGGGGGGAUUCUCAUCAACAGCCAAGGUGAAAGGUUCAUGGAGAGAUACGCCCCUGUAGCCAAGGACCUGGCAUCAAGAGAUGUUGUGUCUCGAUCCAUGACUCUUGAGAUCCGUGAAGGAAGAGGCUGUGGCCCUGAGAAAGAUCACGUCUACCUGCAGUUGCAUCAUCUGCCUCCUGAGCAACUGGCUACACGUCUGCCCGGAAUUUCAGAGACGGCCAUGAUCUUCGCUGGUGUGGAUGUCACUAAGGAGCCCAUCCCAGUCCUCCCCACUGUGCAUUACAACAUGGGUGGGAUUCCCACUAACUACAAGGGACAGGUGCUGAAGCAUGUGAAUGGCCAGGAUCAGAUUGUGCCUGGUCUGUAUGCCUGUGGGGAGGCUGCCUGCGCCUCAGUGCAUGGUGCCAACCGGCUUGGAGCAAAUUCUCUCUUGGACCUUGUAGUCUUUGGCAGAGCCUGUGCCCUGAGCAUUGCAGAAUCUUGCAGGCCUGGUGAUAAAGUUCCUUCAAUUAAGGCAAAUGCUGGCGAAGAAUCGGUUAUGAAUCUUGACAAGUUGAGAUUUGCCGAUGGAAGUGUAAGAACAUCAGAACUGCGCCUAAACAUGCAGAAGUCGAUGCAGAACCAUGCUGCAGUGUUCCGUGUGGGAAGUGUAUUGCAAGAAGGCUGUGAAAAAAUCAGUCAGCUCUAUGGAGACCUAAAGCAUCUAAAGACAUUUGACAGGGGAAUGGUUUGGAACACAGAUCUGGUGGAGACCCUGGAGCUGCAGAAUCUGAUGCUAUGUGCACUGCAGACCAUAUAUGGUGCAGAAGCUCGGAAGGAGUCACGGGGAGCUCAUGCCAGGGAAGAUUACAAAGUGCGGGUCGAUGAGUAUGAUUACUCCAAGCCCAUCCAGGGACAGCAGAAGAAGCCAUUUGGGGAACACUGGAGGAAGCACACCCUCUCAUAUGUGGACAUCAAGACUGGGAAGGUUACUUUGGAGUACAGACCUGUUAUUGACAAGACCUUGAAUGAGUCUGACUGUGCCACCGUACCUCCUGCUAUCCGUUCCUACUGAUGAAACCUGACAGCUACAGGACCAGCUUAUGUGAUUAUAUAUCAUAGCUUACCUGCGUUUCCCCUCAUACUUGCCUUGUUAGAAUUCUGCUCUCGUGAACAAGGAGUCACUUCAUAGAUUAUGAUCAACAGCCUGGUAGUACUUGCUGUAAGGGAUUUGAGUUGCACCAGACUUUGUCUCUUUAUUCUUGUGCAGUGAUAAAUAAAACUGGCAUAAUUCUUAAGUACAAA